CAUUAUUUAAUAUAACAAUAACGGAACAUUAUAAAUUGGACCGCAGUAUUCUCACUUUGCACAAUUUUAGCACCCCAACUCUUUGAGAUUCUUCAGUUUUAUAAUCAAUCUAAACGUUGCUUAUUACCCGCCAAAAUGUCUGCCGGGGCCGUCCAGGAGACCACCUUUCGGUCCUUUACCCCCGCCGAAGCGUCUAACUAUGCUCAAUUCCGACGGGAUUACCACCCCACACUAUACAAAACCAUCCUUAGCCGGCACACAUCUACCGGUGGUCAGCUUGACACUCUCCUUGAUGUUGGUUGUGGACCAGGCAUCGCCGUGCGCGCCCUCGGCACGCGCUUCCAGCAUGCUAUCGGCUUUGACCCUUCGGAGGGCAUGAUUACAAGCGCGAAGGAACUUGGCGGGACCUCUGGAAGCGGAGAGCCGAUCCGCUUCGAAGUCUCCGCUGCUGAAGAUCUCUCCGGAAUUUCGGAUGGUAGUAUCGAUCUUCUUACCGCCGCAACUGCUGCCCAUUGGUUUAAUAUGUCGGCAUUCUGGGCAAGGGCGGCGCAGGUUUUGAAGCCGGGUGGAAGCGUGGCGCUGUGGACGUGUAGGAGUGCGAAAAUUGCGGAUAGUGUUCCGAAUGCCGCAGCGAUCCAGGCCGCGGUUGAAGCAUUUCAUAAGGAACACCUCGUAAAGCACAUGGUUCCCGGGAAUUUCUUAUCACAGGGCUUAUACGUUGAUCUACCAUUGCCAUGGGAUGCGGAGCCUCCUGUCACGGAUUUCGACAAGGAAUCAUUUUCCCGCAUAGAAUUCGGAACUGGAAAUGAGGGCGCCUUGCCAGGAGACCAAUUUUUCGCGGUGGGAGAGCCGCAGGUGGGUCUAGAUAAGCUGGAGGCCUUGAUGGGGACGGCGAGUAUGGUGAAAAGAUGGAGGAAAGAGAAUCAGGAGAAGGCCGGGACGGAGGAAGAUAUCGCGAGGUUGAUGAGAAGGAAUGUUGAGCGAUUGCUUCACGAGGCGGGAGUAGAAAAGGGGAAGGAGGCUAUUAAGAGAGCAGAAUCGGGUGUGCUACUGAUAGUUAAGAAGAAGGCUUGAUUUCACUUCACAUCUUUGGAGGGCUAACUUAGCAUAUCUGCCAUUAAGCUCUUACAGUUAUUGCAUCUAUAAGCCGAGUUUUGGGAUCUAUUCUUAUUUGACAGAGGCUUCACCCCUAUUGCGUAGCCCGGUAUAUUAAAUCAUACUUGGGUAUCGUUUCCCUUAUAAUAGACUGUGAUAUACUUCCAGGCUAUGGCCUGUGUCUGACAAUUCGAUUCGGGGCCUCCAAUGAAUGCCC